UCUUCCUCCUGAAAGGAUCUGGGGUUUAUUGCCUUGAUUUGAGGGGGGCUGUCGUUGCGGUGAUGGCGAGUUUGGAACUUAGGUUUGAUGACUUGGAAUCUUUUUCGUGAAGGGGCUCCGACAAUGCGACAUCAAUGUUGUCCGAAUUUAGUCUCCAGUUCGUGUUCUGUGUUUUCCGUUAUUCUGCUUCUGGGUGAAUUCGAUUGGGUUGGAACCGAGAGAGAUGGGAAUCAUGAUGGAUCGAGAUGGUCAUGCAUUCUCUUGUAGGUCGUGGAUUGUUCUUUAUUCUGUCCGUAUUGUUGGUGCUAAGAGGAACUGGAACUCUUGGGAUUGCUUGGCUACAGUGGGACCUUGGGUUUUCUGCAAGGGAUCUUCUUGCAAGAACGAGUUCUGAUACUUUGAGUUAACUUUGGAUAGGUUAUUCAGUUCGGUCAUUGAUUGUCCGUCUUUCUGUAUAAUAAUAGCAUGGAUAUUAAGACAGCAAGGACUACUGCGGGUUGGCCGCAAAAAUCAGCUGCUCACUAUAAUCAGCUUCCGACAGCACCGACAAGCGGCAAAGUUUGCAGUUACUGGUUGGAAGGGAGGUGCAACCGGAAUCCCUGCAGGUUUUUGCAUGACGCAUCUCUAACACGCAAUGUUUACCAUCGAGCUGCAAAGCAGUCGAGUUACAUGCCUGAGGAUUGCCAUGGGAAGGGCCCUGAAUCUAGCCUGGUGAAUUCGGCGAGUUCAACUUCUAGAGAGAGAGGUGAUUCGUCAAAAGAUAAAAACCCUCAUAAGCCCGGAGAAAAAGUGUGCCACUACUGGAUGUCGGGCAACUGUGUGAAAGGCGAUACAUGUCCUUUCUUGCAUUCAUGGUAUCACGGUGUUGAUUUUUCCAUGCUGGCUAAGCUCGACGGGCAUAAAAAGGGUGUUUCUGGAAUAGCACUUCCUUCUGGAUCUACUAAGCUCUACUCCGGAAGCAAAGAUGGAACAGCACGAAUCUGGGACUGUCACACUGGUAAAUGCAAUCAAGUGAUCAACCUUGGAGGAGAAGUUGGGUGUUUUACUUGUGAAGGUCCUUGGGUGUUUGUUGGCAUGCCUAAUGCUAUUAAGGCAUGGAAUACCCAGAAUGGUGCUUGCUACGAUAUCAGUGGACCAGUUGGACAGGUCCAUGCUAUGGAAGUUUCUAAGAACAUGCUUUUUGCCGGAGCCCAGGAUGGCGCUAUCUUGGUGUGGAAAGGAGAUAGUGAAGCUGAUCCUUUUCAGAUGGCUGCACCUCUCUUGGGUCACACUCGGGGUGUGGUAUCAUUAACUAUUGGGCGUGACCGGUUGUAUUCAGGUUCCAUCGACCGGACCAUAAGGGUGUGGGACUUGCACACACUGGAGUGUGUUCAGGAACUUGUUGGACACACUGAUGUGGUGAUGUCACUUAUUUGCUGGGACGAGUACUUGAUAUCCUGUUCGUUGGAUCAGACAGUUAAGGUCUGGGGGGUUCCCACUGAAGGAGGCAGCUUGGAAGUUGCCUAUACACAUCAUGAGGACCAUGGUAUUCUUGCACUGUCAGGGUUGAUGGAUGCACGUGGUAAGCCGGUCCUUCUCUGUGCGUGCAAUGACAACACUGUUCGCUUGUACGAGCUCCCAUCGUUCACUGAAAGGGGCAAGAUAUUCUCAAGACGAGAAGUGAGGACUCUUCAGACGGCUCCCGGAGGCCUAAUCUUCACAGGAGAUGCUGCGGGGAUGCUGACCGUUUGGAAAUGGUUGGAUUCUCCGAAGAGCUAAAAAGAGCAGCUUCCUCAUUCGAUGGAGUCAUGCUAAGAAGAAGAAACAAUCAAGCUAUUGACAUUGGAGUUCAAAUUUUGCAAGCAAGACAAUGUCAUCUAUGCCCCGAUGCAACUGGGAUUGUGAUUUAGAGCAAGAAACGGGAUGGCUGUAACUACUACUGUCUGCACCACAAUCCCAAUUUUUGGGCUCUAUCGUUUUUGUAUAGACAUUAUAUUUUUGACAGCAACGGUUGGACUUGUAAAUGAUUCAUCAUUAGUAAUCGAUAUGCCUUUUGCUAUUCAA